GCCGCGGGAGCAGGGCUGCCUCUGCGCUUCCAUGGAGCAGCGGGAAGGGCGAAACUCCGGAGCGCCGCGUCCCUGCGCUGCUGCCGCGGACUGCUGAGGGCGCCGAGCCCGCGCCACCACCGAGACCGGAGAGCCGCGGCUCCCACCCGCAGGCCGGCCGGCCGCCCAGGGUCGGCGGGGGCGUCGGAGGGCAGCGGAGGCGCGCCGAGCGAGGGCGCCGCGGGAGAGGCCGGCGCGGAGGCGAUCGCAGCAAUGCCGGGCCCGCUCGGGCUGCUGUGCUUCCUCGCCCUGGGGCUGCGCGGCUCCAGCGAGCCCAGCGGCGCGGCGCCGUCCCUGUGCGCGGCGCCCUGCAGCUGCGACGGCGACCGUCGGGUGGACUGCUCCGGGAAGGGGCUGACGGCCGUACCCGAGGGGCUCAGCGCCUUCACCCUAGCGCUGGAUAUCAGUAUGAACAACAUUACUCAAUUACCAGAAGAUGCUUUUAAGAACUUCCCUUUUCUGGAGGAGCUACGAUUGGCUGGCAACGACCUUUCUUUUAUCCACCCAAAGGCCUUGUCUGGGUUGAAAGAGCUCAAAGUUCUAACCCUCCAAAACAAUCAGUUGAAAACAGUGCCCAGUGAAGCCAUUCGAGGACUGAGUGCUUUGCAGUCUUUGCGUCUGGAUGCCAACCACAUCACCUCAGUCCCCGAGAACAGCUUCGAGGGGCUCGCUCAGCUCCGACACCUGUGGCUGGAUGACAACAGUCUGACGGAGGUGCCCGUGCACCCCCUCAGCAAUCUGCCCACCCUGCAGGCGCUCACCUUGGCUCUCAACAAAAUCUCCAGCAUCCCCGACUUUGCGUUUACCAACCUGUCCAGCCUGGUGGUCCUGCACCUUCAUAACAAUAAAAUUAAAAGCCUGGGUCGACACUGUUUUGAUGGACUAGAAAACCUGGAGACCUUGGACUUGAAUUAUAACAACUUGGGGGAAUUUCCCCAGGCUAUUAAAGCCCUACCUAGCCUAAAAGAACUGUUAUUUCAUAGUAAUUCUAUUUCUGUUAUCCCUGAUGGAGCAUUUGAUGGUAAUCCACUUUUAAGAACUAUACAUUUGUAUGAUAAUCCUCUAUCUUUCGUGGGGAACUCAGCAUUUCACAAUUUAUCUGAUCUGCAUUCCUUAGUCCUUCGUGGCGCCAGCAUGGUGCAGCAGUUCCCCAAUCUGACCGGGACUGUCCACCUGGAGAGUCUGACCUUGACAGGUACGAAGAUAAGCAGUAUAUCCAGUAAUCUGUGCCAAGAACAAAAGAUGCUUAGGACUUUGGACUUGUCCUACAACAAUAUAAAAGACCUCCCAAGCUUUAAUGGUUGCCAUGCUCUGGAAGAAAUUUCUUUGCAACGUAAUCAGAUCCGCCAAAUCAGAGAAGGCACUUUUCAAGGCCUCAUAUCCCUAAGGAUACUAGAUCUGAGUAGAAACCUGAUCCAUGAAAUUCACGACAGAGCUUUUGCCAAGCUUGGGUCAAUAACUAACCUAGAUGUAAGUUUCAAUGAAUUAACGUCUUUUCCUACGGAAGGCCUGAAUGGGCUAAAUCAACUGAAACUUGUGGGCAACUUCCAACUAAAAGAAGCUUUGGCAGCAAAAGACUUUGUUAAUCUCAGGUCGCUAUCUGUACCCUAUGCUUAUCAGUGCUGUGCAUUUUGGGGUUGCGACUCUUACACCCAUUCAAACACGGAAGAUAAGAGCCUCCAAGAACACGGCGUGGCCAAGGAUAAAGGUCCCGCGGAGGCAGCCGGGGUCACUAGCAGUGCUGAAAAUGAAGAGCACAGUCAGAUAAUUAUCCACUGCACGCCUUCAACAGGUGCUUUUAAGCCCUGUGAAUAUUUACUGGGAAGUUGGAUGAUCCGUCUUACCGUGUGGUUCAUUUUCUUGGUUGCACUGUUUUUCAACCUGCUUGUCAUUUUAACAACAUUUGCACCCUGUACAUCACUGCCUUCCUCCAAAUUGUUCAUAGGCCUGAUUUCUGUGUCGAACUUACUCAUGGGAGCCUAUACUGGCAUCUUAACUUUUCUGGAUGCUGUGUCCUGGGGCAGAUUUGCUGAAUUUGGCAUUUGGUGGGAGAUUGGCAGUGGCUGCAAAAUAGCUGGGUUUCUUGCCGUUUUCUCCUCAGAAAGCGCCAUCUUUUUACUGAUGUUAGCAGCUGUCGAACGAAGCUUAUCUGCAAGAGAGAUCAUGAAAAACAGGAAAAGCAAUCAUCCCAAACAGUUCCGGGUUGCUGCCCUUUUCGCUUUCGUGGGGGCUGGCGUGGCAGGCUGCUUCCCCCUCUUCCACGGAGGGGAGUACUCUGCAUCCCCCCUGUGCUUGCCGUUUCCCACGGGAGAAGCCCCAUCCUUGGGGUUCACGGUGACCUUGGUGCUGUUAAACUCACUCGCGUUCCUGUUAAUGGCCAUCAUCUACACCAAACUCUACUGCAACUUGGAAAAGGAGGACCUUUCCGAGGGCUCGCACUCUGGCAUGAUUAAGCACGUUGCUUGGCUCAUCUUCACCAACUGCAUCUUCUUCUGCCCCGUGGCCUUUUUCUCCUUCGCGCCGUUGAUCACCGCCGUCUCGGUCAGCCCUGAGAUCAUGAAGUCGGUCACGCUGAUCUUUUUCCCGCUGCCCGCUUGCCUGAACCCAGUGCUGUAUGUCUUCUUCAACCCAAAGUUCAAGGAAGACUGGAAGUUGCUGAAGCGACACCUUACCAAGAAGAGCGGGUCGGUGUCCGUGUCCAUCAGCAGCCAGGCGGGCUGCGUGGAGCAGGAUUUCUACUACGACUGCGGCAUGUACUCGCAUUUGCAGGGCAACCUGGCCGUGUGUGACUGCUGCGAGUCCUUUCUCUUGACAAAGCCGGUGUCGUGCAAACACUUGAUAAAGUCCCACAGCUGCCCUGCCCUGGCCGUGGGUUCGUGCCAAAGGCCGGACGGCUACUGGUCGGACUGUGGCACGCAGUCGGCCCACUCGGAUUACGCCGAUGAGGAAGAUUCCUUUGUCUCGGACAGUUCUGACCAGGUGCAGGCCUGUGGACGGGCCUGCUUCUAUCAGAGUCGAGGCUUCCCUCUGGUGCGCUAUGCUUACAACCUGCCGAGAGUGAAGGACUGAGUCGGUGUGUCGGGGACGGUAUCCCCCAUCAGCCAAGAUCGCAGUGUUGAUAGAGUGGACCCUAGUCUGAUCUUUCAUCGGGGAAGCACUUCUGUGAUCACUGCCUGGUGUCCCUUAGGAGGAGGGGGAGGCGGCAGACAUCUUCAAAGAACAAGUGCCUAAACGACCCAUGGGUGAAAAAAAUCCAGUGUCCAAGCCAUGUGUGGUCUGUUGGGAACAACUCUGUACCUUGGAAAGGUUUUCUGUAUACCCUAGCAUUCUAACGUUAGGUUUAUCGGAAAUCUGCCUCAGCAGCAAAACGUUACCUGUUUCUGAAUUAAGCACAAGCUAAAGAACAGCUGUUAAUAUAUUUUUAAGAAUAUUUUUAAAACGUGGUUUCACACAACUGAAGAAAGUCUUGCUAAUUUUACCUAAUGUUUGAUCAUUAAUCUCAGGACAACGGACUUCAGGGCCAAAAAAGGGGAUCGUCUCCCAGGUAGGACUGUGAGAGUGAAUGUAGGCCUUAGGUUGUUGCGUUUUCUGUUUCCAUCUUUGACAUAAUAGAAUCAUACAUUUUCUUGGAGUGAUGUGUAAAUCUUAAAAACCGAAGAUGUUUUUAAAACAAUAUUAACAACUAUUAGAUUUUAAAAGAAAGCAUGAACAUUUGUUUUUAGUCGUUUGACAUUGCUUUGACGCGAUCAGUCAUUUUUUCCCCCGAGUGUUUUGUCAUCACACUACUAUGAAAAAUAAAGGGCUAAUUGCUGUGUGGGUUUAGUAGAUUUGGCUAAACUACUAACUAACAUCGGAGUUUAAUAGUAUCUGAGGGAUUUGAUGGCUCUGUGUAAUGUUCCCAUUAAUGGACACUUCCUAAUAUCAUUGGCUUUACAGAUGUUUUCCAGUUUUGUUGGUAUGUUACCUACUUAUAUUUUGAAUUAUACAGAAAGAAAACCGUGGCAAGUAAUUGCAUUUAAUUGGAAGAAAUUGGGAGUAAUUAUGAUACAAAGCACUUACAUUUAUUUCUUAGCUGGAUUCUCCUGAACUUACGCUGUUUCAUGGACGUUUCCAUAAAUUUCCCCCUACAGUAAUUUACAAAAAGCCUGUGAAACAAUAGUUCACAGCUUAGAUACUGUGUUUUUGUGAAACAGGACACAUGUCAUUAAAAAAGAAGAAGAAGAAGAAGAAGGGAUAAAAAUGAAUAAAGCUUAGGCUCAUGUCUUUAAAAAUGAAAAAUUUUAUUUGAUUCUCAUCUAUGGACUUUUGACAUGUCACGAUGUGGGGUCUUAAAGUUAUAAAUGUUCAAUAUGUUUUUUGGACAAUAUGCUAAAUCAAUAGCAAACCCACUGCCAUAUUAGUUUUUCAGGAUAUACUAAAAACAUUAAGCUAGAUUGCAGUUUAAUAAUUAAACUGUAUAUACUGUGCAUAUAAUGAAUUUUUAUCUUAUGUAAAUUAUUUUUAGAACACAAGUUGGGAAAUGUGGCUUCUGUUCAUUUCGUUUAAUUAAAGCUACCUCCUAAACUAUAGUGGCUGCCAGUAGCAGAAUGUUAAAUUGUGGUUUAUAUACUUUUUUGCAUUGUAAAUAGUCUUGGUUGUACAUUGUCCGUGUAAUAAAAACAGAAUCUUUGUAUAUCAAAAUCAUGUAAUUUGUAUAAAAUGUGGGAGGGAUUUAUUUACAGUGUGUUGUAAUUUUGUAAGGCCAACUAUUCACAAGUUUUUAAAAUUGCUGUCAUGUUUGUAUAUUUACACAUUGAUAAAUAUUAAAUCAUAACUUGGUA